ACCGACGACUAAGAAUGGAAGGGAUUGCAGCGACUCUCUCUCUCUCUCUAGACCUUUUUCUUCCUUCUUAUUUACAGCUUCCUCCCUGUAUCUGACAGGCCAUUUCCCUUUCUGAUAUCCCUCCCUCCCUCACUCUCUCUUCUUCUGCCUUUGAUCUGCUCUCUAUCCCUUUCUCUAUUGUAUUUAGUGGCAUAUUUAGAAAAAGUGUUAGUGAAGAUAAAGCGUGAGAGGGAGAUCAAAUUUUUUGCAUUGCGUAUAUUUGGUUUUCAGUUUGUUUGUUUGUUUGAUGGGUUUUAAUUCUCUUCAAGUUUGCAUGGAUUCAUCUGAUUGGCUUCAGGGAAUGACUCAGGAGGAGCCAGGAAUGGAUUCUUCAUCCCCAUGUGGGGAUAUUCUCACAUGCUCAAGGCCAUUGAUAGAAAGGAGGCUAAGACCUCCGCAGGAACAAGCUGUCAAGUGCCCAAGGUGUGACUCCACCCACACCAAGUUUUGCUACUACAACAAUUACAGCCUCUCCCAGCCGAGGUACUUUUGCAAGACUUGUAGGAGGUACUGGACCAAGGGCGGAACACUAAGGAACAUUCCUGUCGGUGGAGGGUGUAGAAAGAACAAGAAAGUCGCUACUACUAAAAGAUCAAAUGAUCAAUCAGCCAACAACUCUGCCGGGUCAUCUAUGCCUCAUAAUCCCACUGAUCUUCACCUUUCGUUACCAGAAAUGCACCUUUCUCACCUUAAUAACAUACUUGGUAUUCAUGGUAGUAAUACUAACUUCAUUGAGAGUAAAUACAACCCACUGCUUGAAAACCCAGGGCCGAUCGAUUUCUUGUCUAGGAACUAUGACGUUAUGGGGAAUGGUGAGUUGGGUAUGAUUGGAGGACUUGGGGAUUGCUCUCCAUAUGGGAUGUCCCUUGAUGGCAAUGUUAAUACUAUUACUUUCAUGGACACUUAUCAGAGGAUGACGUUUCCUUAUGCUGCAAAUGAAGAUCAGCAUGCAACGGACGUGAAGCCAAACACUAAGCUCUUGUCCCUUGACUGCUGGCAAGACCAAGGAUGUUCUGAUGCCGGAAAAGACACUUACGGAUUCUUCAACAACUUGGGAUCAUGGAAUGAUGAAUGAUUAUGGACCCUCCACGACAAAUCAAUGAUAAAGAGUGCCCAUUCCGGUUGUUUCAAUGUAUCCAUUAUUGAUAGAUGGUUGGGGAGUCAUCAUUCAUGCGAGCAAGUCUCAUGAUUUGCCUGCUAUGGCCUAGCUUUUGUUACGGACUAAUUGUUUUAGUGCAUCCUUUGAUCGAAUGUCAAUUGCCUAAUCUUGUAUCUCUGUGUAGUACGUUUGUGGAAACCUAAUUUUAUUCGAGCUUAAUGCUUUAUUUUCCUGUUAAA